AUGGGGGGAGAAGUCGAGGGGACGGACCACACGAGAUGGCGGAUGAAAAACGAUCGCGGCACUCAAACAUGGCAGUAUCUGGAGAGCGAUGAGGAAGCCAAGGCGUGGCCGCAGAGCACCGCGGACAAGUGGUAUUUGGGCAUGGAUACGGAACUCCCUGACCUCCCACCUGCGAAGACGCCACUCCAGGCUAUACACAAUGGCCUCGCGUUUUACAAAGAGCUGCAGCAGCCGGUUGGAAACUGGGCGUGCGAAUACGGCGGUCCCAUGUUCCUCCUCCCUGGGCUCAUAGUCACUUGGUACGUCACCGAGACGCCGAUACCGUGGCAUCACAAGGCAGAGAUGAAGAGAUAUCUGUUUGCGAGGGCGCAUCCUGAGGAUGGGGGGUGGGGUUUGCACAUCGAGGGCGAGAGCAGCGUGUUCGGCACGGCGAUGAACUACGUUGCGUUAAGGUUAUUAGGCGUGGACGCGGAGGACCUACGGAUGCAGAAGGCUAGGGCUACUCUCUGGAAGCUAGGCGGAGCGCUGAGGGCGCCGCAUUGGGCGAAGUUCUGGUUGGCGGUGCUGGGGGUGCUGGAUUGGGAUGUCGUCAAUCCGGUGCCGCCUGAGCUGUGGCUGCUGCCCAAUUGGGUGCCAAUCCACCCCUGGAAGUGGUGGGUGCACAUGCGAACCGUCUUCCUCCCCAUGGGUUACAUUUACUCCCAGCGAUGGUCAUACCCCCUUAACGAUCUUACGAAAUCACUCCGAUCCGAAAUACUGGUUCAGCCUUACGAGUCCAUUACCUUCAUCCGCCACCGCAACGACAUCUCACCCACGGACAACUACCACCCCAAGUCCCUCGCCUUGCGCAUUCUCUUCUGGUUCCUGGUUUACAUCUGGUUCCCCUACCUACGACCCGCCUCGCUGAAGAAGAAGGCCGAAGAACAUGUAUGGUGGAUCAUACAACGUGAGGACGCCAACUCCGAUUUUGCCAAUCUGGGUCCCGUCAACGGGCCUUUGAACACUCUCGUAUCGUACAUACGGCAUGGACCGGAAUCAGUGCCCUUCCGAAGACAUUUGGAGACUCUGCCGGAGUUCCUAUGGAUGAAGGACGAGGGCAUGCUUAUGAACGGCACGAAUGGCGUGCAGAAUUGGGACACAGCGUUCACGGUUCAAGCCGUCAAACACUGCGGUCUCGUGCAAGACCCUCAGUAUCACGAUAUGCUCCAUCGCGCUCUAGAGUUCCUCGAGGAUCAGCAAUGUCCCGAAGAAUGCCGCGACCAACAUCAAACCUACCGCCAGUCGCGGAAAGGCGCAUGGGGAUUCUCGAACCGCCGACAAGGCUACACGGUCUCGGACUGCACUUCUGAGGGCCUCAAAGCAGUCCUGAUCCUCCAAACUCUACCAGAAUUUCAAUCCCUGAUACCUGACAAUCGUCUCCGUGACGCCGUCGACAUUCUCCUCACCAUGCAGAACAAAAGCGGCGGCUGCGCCUCCUACGAACCCACCCGCGGCUCCGAGUACCUCGAGUGGCUCAACGCCGCCGAGGUCUUCGGCCGCAUCAUGAUCGAGUACGACUACACCGAGUGCACGACCGCCGUCAUCACCGCGCUGCACAUGUUUCAGAAGUACGACUCGUCCUACCGCGCCGCCGAGAUCGCGGCGUUCAAGGCCCGCGCCGUCAACUACAUCCGCGCGGCGCAGCAGGAAGACGGCAGCUGGUACGGCGCGUGGGGCAUCUGCUUCACGUACGCGGGCAUGUUCGCGAUGGAGUCUCUGGCGUGCGGCGGCGAGACGUACGCUAAUUCAGAGCGCGUGCGGCGCGCGUGCCAGUUCUUUCUCGACCGGCAGAUGGAGGACGGCGGGUGGGGAGAAACGUAUCGUAGCUGCGAGACGGGGGUCUGGUGUAAUCACGCCCAGUCGCAGGUUGUGCAGACGGCGUGGGUCGUCAUUGCCAUGUGCCACGCGGAGUUUCCUGACAAAGAGCCGUUGCGGAAGGCGCUGGAAAUGGUGGUUAGGCGGCAGCAGAAGAAUGGGGAGUGGCUGCAGGAGGCGAUUGAGGGGGUGUUCAACAAGUCUUGCAUGAUUUCGUAUCCGAACUAUAAGUUCAUCUUCCCGAUUAUGGCGCUGGGUAUGUAUAAAGAGAGAUUCGGUAACGAGGAGUUGUUCUAA